AAAAGUGCCGCGUCGACGAGUUGAACAACCGUUUUCCCUUUGACAGUUGUCUGCCCACGUCAGCGUUAAACGCCCCAGCUCAUCAGUGGAGUCGAUCGAAUGAAGGGGAGCCGAUGUGCCUCGACUCGCCGAUGCCCCAACUGUCGGUGCUCAAGGUCCCGAGUUCCUGACCAACGUGGACGAUGCGCACUGCCACAAAGUGCGUUUGAGGUGCGAUAAAAAUCAAAUAAUUCCCAAACUUGUGGACAAUGCUGGUCCUGGAGUGCUGUUGUUAAAGCGGUGUUUCGAGUGUACCGGGAGUGGAAGGAAGGAUAAAUCAUAUAAACGGGACCAGGGGUGUUCUGGGCGAUUACUUCCCCGGACGGAGAAAAUCGAGGAAUGGUUGUAAUGGUCGGUGGGGGACGCUGUCCUCCGCUCCUAGUGGGUGGACUCGUCGUAGCGUGUAUAAUGAUGGUUUGCAACUGGUGGACCCUGUCGUCGGCGAAUCUCGAGCUGGUCAGGCAGAUAGACGAGCUCAACGAGCAGAUAAAGAUCUGCGUGGAAGAAAGGGAUCUGUGCGUGACGCAGAAGGAAGAGACCAAGAAGCAACUGGACGCUUCCCAGGACGAUGCAAGGACCGCACACGUCAAACUGUCGCAGGUCGAGGAUACCCUGACGACCUGCAACACCGAGCUCAAGUCGUUUCAGCAGAACGAAGUUUCCAAGACUGUUACCCUGGAGGCUUUGAGGGUUGCCAAAAACACCGUUACUGCGAGGUUAAACGCACAAAUAGAGGAGAACAAGAAGUUGGAGGAGGAGUUGAGCAAAGCUAAAGAUGAACUGGAAAAGGCCAAGCUGUCGAUGAAUGCGCCCCAGCCGAAGCCAGUCCCGGUGUUGCCCAUGGCCAAUCCAGCUAGGCUCGAGCAGCCCACACCCAAUCCCCAUUUGGAACCGGUAAAACUAUCGGCAAUCGAGGUUUCCGUUCCUGGACAGAGAGGCAUGAAAUUUCAUGGCGUGCCCAUACUGCCUCGUGAUCCACCUGGUGCAGUGCGCCUGGCGCCACGUUAUUCCGUUACCAAGAUAAAACCAAGAUAUUUGGAAAAGUCUGAAAAUAAAAUGGUAAACAUUGGAGGAAGUCAAGGAAACCUAGUAAUCAAUAAGACAGCAAGUUCUGGAAAUCAAGUACCAAAUCCACAAAUGAAACCUCCUCCGAAUGCAGAAAACGUUGAUGCUCCGGAUGGCCAAGAAAAAGAUAACAGUAAAAUAGACAAUGCGGCAGAAGUUCACGGAGACAAUGGCCAAGAGUCCGAAUUCAAUUUUAAUUUGAUGUCUGAUAUGAAAAAUAGAGAUAAUCAAAAUAAAUAAGUCAGUGGUACGCGAAGAUUAUCACGAAAAAUCUCAUUAUUUAGAAGUACGAAUCAAAAAAGUUGCGAAAAAUUGUUACAAUAUUUCGUAUUUUUACGUGGCACAAAGUGCAUACCUCAUGAUAUUUGUGAAUGUUAAUCAGAGUGAGUCAGAGGAACGUGUUAUGUGAGAAAAAAAAAAAGUUAAAAUUGUGUUACAAGUCUUUUCGUACCGUGUCAUGUAAAUUAGAGCGAUCAUAUCGUUAUUGUCUAGGAUAUAAGGUAGAUGAAUAAAGUAUACUCUAAGAAUUUUA